CUCCCUUGCUGCUUCUAUAAUUAUAUAUUAAACAGGAGUACUGAUCCAAGGAGUAUUAAAGUACUCCUAUACUCCCUUGCUGCUCUCUAUCUAGAGAAAUGGAAUGAAGGGAACUCUGACCCAUUAACCCUUAAAAGUUUGGCCCACUACGCUGGAAACCUGAAUGAAACAAAACUGUUGGUUAAACUACUCUGUUCUUCAAAAUAUUGCGAGGAAAUGAGUUCAGCUGGCCUCAUUUCUCAUUUCCUAGAUCUACUUCUAGGCAGUGAAAUAAAACUGAAGCAAUUAAAGCUGAAGUUCUGCACUGACCCUCUGGUGGAAGCCUGGGCACGGUUUGUACAAGGGCAUCAAGAAGCACUGGAAGAAGAACCCCGUCUGGUCAAUCAGCUGCUGAUUAAUCAGCCGAAAAAUAGCGUCAUCUUUAAAGCAUUUAUCAGCUCAAAUCAGUCCUUCAACAAAAAUAGCAAGUUGUUGGAGUGGGUAAACCGUAGUGUAGAGGAGAGAGAAGAUCGUCUUGUAUCCAGAAAACAAGAGAAGAGUCCUACAGUUAUACUUCUCCGGGAUACCAUUCUCUUCCUGGGAUAUUCAGAUGGAAUAAUAUCCGUCCUGGAUAGUCAAACAUUCAGGUUGGAUAUACGCUUUAUAUAUGUAUAUGACAUGGUUUCAGUGUUGCAGUGGGAAUAGGGA